AUGCAUAAUACUUAAUUCGUUUUGUUUUAAAUUCUUUUAAUAAAGUCAAACACAUUUCAUUUAAAAUGUUUAUAUUAAAAAUCAAGCUGGCAAUAGUUUACGCACCGCGCAUUGUUUUGAUUAGCAGAAUGAAGUUUCGAUGUUUUCAUAACUAUUCUAUUCUGAAUCUUAAAAUUAUGAAUUACAACGAUUAAAGAAGCUUGGAAUUAUGAGAAAAGAUUAGAGAUCGAAUAGUACAAUUCUUGGGACAAUACCAUUUUACUAGUUAACUUAAUUUUAUUCGAAAUCUUUAUUUCUAGAUAAGUAAAGUUCCUCCAUCUCUUUUCUAUGUUGAAACUCAUGUUUUUAUACUGAUCCUAUCCUUCAUUAAAUAAACAAUAAGCCAUGUCUGGACCAACAAUUUUUAAAAAAAUUUUCGUCUAUUCCAUUGGCUUUAUCAUUCGUUUCCUUAUUUUAAAAUACCCUGCAGUGACUGAAAAUCUGGGUAAACGCGUCGAAAUUUCGACUCCUGUAACAGCUUGGAGGAAAGCUAUUGAAGGUGUGCAUUUGUGGAAGCAAGGUGUUGAUCCAUAUGAUAGCGAUAUUUUUCAUGAGAGUCCAUUAGGUCUUGUAGCAUACAACUACCUCUUAACUCAUUAUCAAGAAUGGAUUCCUGUCAUAUUUGCUGCCUGUGAUGUCAUAACUGCAGUUCUUUUAUCUUUAACUGCGAAGAUAUAUCUUAAAAAGCUUGAUAAACAAGAAAGUGAUUCCAAAUUUCCUGAGAAUGCAAAUCCUGUGCUUUUAAAAGCUGAAGAUCUUAACUGGGUGCCUUUUUAUGUUUCAGUUUUGUAUUUGUUAUGUCCAUAUGCUGUGCUGUCUUGUGGGGGGAAAUCAACUGUAACAUUUCAAAAUUUAAUUUUGUCUUCAUUUCUGCUUGUUACUGUAUCAGGUUAUUGGUUACUUGCACCAGUAUUCCUUGCAAUCCUGUCCUGUCACACAUUUUAUCAUAUGUUUCUACUUGUUCCAUUGGUUAUGUAUACUUACCAAAGUAGUUGUGGACACAGCAAAAUGUAUGAUACAUUUAAGAUUCUUACUAUAAUCAUCCUUACCUUUGCAUUCAGUAUAACAUUAUUAAAAUCAUUUCAUGACAUGACUGGAUCAUGGAGCUUUUUGUCAUCCACUUAUGGAUUUAUAUUAUCUGCUCCAGAUUUAACUCCUAACAUUGGUUUAUUUUGGUAUUUUUUCACAGAAAUGUUUGAACAUUUUAGAAUAUUUUUCUUGUGGACUUUUCAACUGAAUGUGUUCAUAUAUGUCACACCACUAGCCAUUCGCUUAAGGAAGGAGCCUAUGUUUUUACUAUUUAUUUAUUUAGUUAUUAUAACAAUAUUUAAAUCAUAUCCCUGUAUUGGUGAUGUGGCUUUGUAUUUUUCUCUUCUACCAAUUUGGAGCCAUUUGUUUUGUUUUAUGAGGCAAAAGUUCAUUAUUGGCUGUGUCUUGGCUAGCUGCACUCUUUUAGGACCAACUCUGUGGCAUUUGUGGAUAUAUUCUGGAAGUGCAAAUGCCAAUUUUUAUUUUGGAAUUACAUUAGCAUUUAAUACAGGACAAGUUUUUUUACUUACUGAUCUUUUGUCAGCUUUUAUAAAGAGGGAAUAUUAUCUCCAAAAUGGUGUUAAGUAUAAUGAAGAUGGUAGUUUACCUGUUAUGAGACUUCAAUGAGAUAAACAAGGACUAGAUAGUAAAGCAACUCAUGUCAAAUUUUUCUUCGAUACGAAAAACAGUAUGCCACAAUUACUCCCAGAUGCUACUGAAUUGAUGUAUGCGAAAUUUAUUUUAUCUGAUGUUUAAAAUUUUCAUGCAUUCUUAGGAACAUGGAUGGCAUAGGUGCAAAGUACUUCAUAUUUAGAACUGACUUGAAAUAAUUUGAGUCCUAAAAAUUAUUAUUUCUCCUACAUAUGAUGGAACUUAACUAGAAAUAUAUUUAAUUAUAAUAAUGUCAAAGUUUUAUUUCAGGUCACAUGUUUUAUGAGACUCAUAAUUUUUUUGAAAUUAAGUAACUAAUAAUUUCUAAAUAACCACACAUGGAGGAGGAAAUCGUUAUUUAUCCCUCCUUAAAAUUAAUAUUUAGUCUUGGCCUUAGCUUGAAUCAAUGGUCAAAAUUUUGUUACAUUAAAGAAACAAAAAGUUAUGAGUUACUAGCAGUUUUAAGUGCCUAUUUUAAAAUUUCUAUGCAAUGAAUAAAUGGAUAAU